CUUCAAUUAUUAUAUUAUUGCGUUUAUAAUAUUUAUUACGUCGGACACACGGCGACAACUAGUAAGUAUAUAAUAAAUAAUUAUAUUCACAAAUCCAACGCAAUAAAACGACGUUGGAGCAUGUUUUCUGGCUUUUUGUUUGUGUGGCUAUCGGCCUAUACUACCCCAAAUCCCACCACCUUCACCACCCCUUCAGUCUCCUCUUUUUCUCUCUCCUCAAAACGACAACAUGACAACCAGCAAGACUCCCAAUACGACAUCAUCACACUCAAUCCAACAAGAGUGUUGCAUGUGCGGCGAUUACGGUUUCUCUUAUGAGCUUUUUCAGUGCAAAGUUUGCCAAUUCAGAUCCCAGCACAGGUACUGUAGUAAUUUGUACCCAAACAUGCCUGUCUCUUGCCGAACCUGCAAUUGGUGCCUCAUGAUUCAAAACGAAGACAAAACCCAACACUCAUCCAACUCCAAUUCAUCUUCCUCCUGUAAAACCGAAGACAAAACGACAUCGCCUACGACCAAGAUCAACAACAGCGAUCAUCAUAAUCAGGUGGGUUCCCUCAUUUUAAGGCGCCAGGGAAUUCGCCCAAUGAACCUCCAACAACUCAGCGGGCCUAUCAAGAAACAGAAAUCGGUCGAGAUCGUGGUGCCUCCACCGUCUCCAUCGCCUUCGCCGGUGGCGAAGUCGCCGUCGAUCCGGAAAAGGGUCUUGACGAAUGGGGCAAAAGAGGAGAGGCUGAGACGAACCAGGUCUGCCGAGAUUUCAAACGCUCCAAGUCCAACUGGAAAUGGGAUCAGUUCCAAACAGGUCUUUAGGAGUAAGGUCAGGAGGUACAAGCUUUUAGAUGAAGUUUCUAGCUAAUAAACAUAAUAAUUUGACAACUUUUGUUUUUUUAAGUGUGCAAAGGGAAUAGACUUUUAGUUUCUUACAUAAGUAGAUAGUUAUGGAAUGGCUUUGGUUCGAUGUGGGACUGUUUUUGGUCCCAAUUUCCAUCUAUAGCUCCAUCGGGUAUAAUGAAUUAUGGAGUUUUGUUCAAUAUAUGUACAGGAGGAGGAGAAAUAUUAUUUACUAGUUAAAUUAAAUAAUUCAUAUAGCAA